GCCGCGCUCGUGCGUUUCCGAACAAGAUAUUUUCUAUGGAAAUAUUUUUAUUUUGAGAGGACGGCAACGCGGUUUUUCAAUUCCUUCGGAUUGGAAAACAACUUAGUCAAACGGCUAAGGAAUUUACGUAUCGAAAAACCGACAGAAAUUCAGGAAAAGGCCCUGAGACCAGUUUUAGAAGGAAGAAACACAAUCAUUAAUGCAGAAACAGGAAGUGGAAAAACUCUUUGUUACCUUCUUCCUAUUAUCAAUAAACUUCUUGUGGACAAAGAAACAGUUUCUAAGCCACCAUAUGCUGUUGUUUUGCUGCCCACUAUUGAACUUUGCCAUCAGGUUGCCAAUGUGUUUCAAAGUCUAACAGAUGAUUCAAUGCAGCCAUGCACUGUUCAUAAAGACUCCAAGUUACAAAUAAACUCCAAACACCCCAUUGUACUGGCCACACCCAGUGCCUUGCUCACCUAUAGCCCCAGGACUCUACGUAACAUUAGAGUAGUGGUUACUGAUGAAGCAGACCUCUUGUUAACCAAUGGACAACAAGAAAUUUAUGAAAUUCUCAGUUAUUUUAUGGGUAUAGAGAUCACAACGAAGAGGCGGAAAAAGCUAAGAUCAAAGUCUUUAAAAGUUGUAAAUAAUGCUGAAGUACAUGGUAAGGAAUCAAAUGAACACAAGUUGAAUGAAACUGUACAUUUGCCAGUUGAAGGGUCAGGUUUUCAAGCCAGCACAACUCCUCUGGCCCUGCAUCGGCAAUUUAUCUUUGUGGCUGCAACGUUGCCUUCACGUGGGGAAAAGGACAUUUAUAAUGUGUUGAGGGAAUGGUUACCAGAUGCUGAAUUUGUCUCCACAGAUUUGGCCCAUCACACAGUGCCAACAGUAGAUAUAUGUUACGUUAAGGUAGAAGAUGCUCUUAAAUUGCCUGAGUUGUUGCGUUGCCUGAAUUCGUUAGCGGGGUCGAUCAGGUAUCCACUUAGCAAUAUUGGAAGAGCAAAGAAUGGAAACGUAACUUCCGUGCAGAAAGUAAAUGUUGAUCAUAGCACAAAUGAUUCUAGCAGUAAAAAAGAUGAAGACAAAUCGUAUUCAGUUGAAAGGGUGGCUGGGAGAUUGGAUCUUGAAAAGGAAAUUAAUAUUGAUGGUGAAACUCAAGGGAGGCAAGGAGAAGCUUGUCUUAAGCCAGUUCGUUUGAAAAAUUUACGGGUGUUGGUGUUUGUUAACACGACAAAAGCAGCAGAGGAAGCUUAUAACUUUCUCAAUGGCACUUCAGAGCAAGGACAGAGUGACUCAGUGCCUUGGAAACAUGUCAUUCUGAAUGAUCAAACUAUAACUAUUUGGCAAAAUGACCCGGGAGAAUCGGACAUUGGUGUUGAGGCAAAAGCACAAAGACGUUUUGUGACACGUACCGGGUACAUCGAUCUAUGGCCAGGCAAAGUUGGUCAGAUUCACAAAAAUAUCUUGCCCGCUGAAAGAAUAGAUACGCUAAAGAAAUUUACAUCUGGAGAAUUGAAGGUCUUGAUUUGCACAGACUUAGCAUCUAGAGGGUUGGACAUCCCGGAUGUUAGUCAUGUGAUUCAGUUGGACUUUGCCCUGAGUGCCACUCAGGUGCUGCAUCGCACGGGGAGGACGGCUAGGGCGGGUGCAUCGGGUAAAGUGAUAAACCUUGUCACCGAAAAUGACCAAGAUCUAGCUCGCGCUGUACGAGCUUGUGACCAGUCCCGGAGCAGUGACGGUUAUCAAGCCACGUUUAGCAGGAAAAGAAGGUUCAGGAAGAAAUUGAAAAAGAACGCUAUUGCUUUAGCUGACAAGCUGUAAUACCCCCGCUGUUGAUUUUUGUCCACACUGUGCGCAGAUUUGUCCCCACGGUGAUAGGGUGAUCUGUCACCUUUUUCAUCACGAAUAAAUGGAGAUUAAGGAUGAUAGUUUUUGUAGUUUUAGUUUCGGCUAUCGAAUGAGGAAAGAUGUUUUGCUCUCGUCAGGAGCACGAGAAAUCGAAAAAAAUUUGAGUUCCUUACAAGGAAUCAGACGUCUUUAGGGCCCAAUGUUGUACAUAGAAGUCAGCUCUUUCGUGAGGUAAGCCAUGAAAAGGAUACUAUGGCUCUAAGCGUUUUGCAUACGGCCGGGAUCAGUUUUGUCAAAAGUAACGUGUGUGGAAACAGAUUUUACAAAAUGAUAGAUUUUCCGUCGUUGCUUUUAAUUUCGGAGUUUACCACUUGCAUCUGCUUUUACUCAGUUUGAGCCCAUACUAAUUAGAUUUCUAUUUUAUUUAUUCCAACUCAUGAAAUUAGCUUCUUAUCAACCCUCACUAUUAUGAUUUUGCUUUUUCAAAAGCUGUACGUAUAGAUUUUUUAAGUUUUGUAGACUUGACCUAUUUUGACAAGAUUUAAUCCUGUGGGGGUGGCACUUCUUCCACGUAAAUCCGGGAUACUGAGUUCCAGCCCGUGUACGCGUCAGCACUUUUGACACUCUGGCAAUUGCCGACCCAGAAUCCCACGCGCACGUUUCCAGGGGGGACUUUCUCACAUACACCUUCGAUUUGUCGCACUCGGUGUAAAUUCUUCUUGCUUCCAUCCCCAUGUACCAUGUGCACUAAACCCUCAAUGGCAGCGGGGGCCGAGCACUCCACGUCGUUGAAGGUGAAGUACCACCGCCUGCAGCAAGCGUGGCAGUUGUAGAUACGGAGAACACCAUUCCAGUAAACACGGAGGCCAGUGUUGGGAGACAA